CCACGUGCCGAAACGGCAGAAGCCAUUUCCGAAACCCAAACCAAAACCUCUACCCGAACUCCACCCUCUCUCUCUCUCUCUCUCUCCGACCCUGCGAGACCCGAGCGACCCUUCACUCCGCCACCAUGCUUCGCCGAGCCACCACCCUCUUGACCCGAUCCACGAUCCCCCUCAGGGCCCGACCCUUCUCUACCGACGUCGCUGAGACUGCCCCAGCCGAUUCGACUUUCAGUGAUGCCUGGAAGAAAGUGGUGCCUCACAUAGAUCCCCCAAGGACCCCAUUGACCUUCAUGAAGCCUAGGCCUGUAACCCCGUCAUCGAUCCCCACUAAGCUGACUGUCAAUUUCGUGCUCCCUUAUGCGUCCGAACUUUCGGCGAAAGAGGUGGAUAUGGUAAUAAUACCAGCAACCACUGGCCAUAUGGGUGUUCUUCCUGGACAUGUAGCAACAAUUGCCGAGUUGAAACCCGGGGUCAUGUCAGUGCAUGAAGGAAAUGAUGUCACAAAAUAUUUCGUCAGCAGUGGUUUUGCAUUCAUCCACGCCAACUCUAUUGCAGACAUAAUUGCUGUAGAGGCUGUCCCUCUUGAUCGUGUCGAUGCAAGUCUUGUCCAGAAGGGGCUUGCAGAGUUUACCCAGAAGCUCAACUCAGCGUCGACUGACUUGGAGAAAGCUGAAGCCCAGAUUGGAGUUGAUGUGCAUAGUGCCCUAAACUCUGCUCUCACCGGCUAGUUUUACUAGUCUUUGUGAUGUUGAUUUAGUCCGUUUGUACCCCCUGUCACAUCUUUAAGGUGCUGCAAUUCGACACUGAUCGGUCUCUUGGAGCCAAUAUUUUCUCCAAACUGUCGUUUUUGUUUCUCUAGCAGUUCUGUGUCGAAUGUGGAAUUGGUGAUAAAAUAAUACUGGAAUUUGAUAUUCUUGUUUCAUACAUGAAAACAAAAGGGAGGUAAGAGCA